CACUGCUUUAAGAGGGGAGGAAAAAUGGCCGCUGAAGCAGCUCGCAAAAACUGAUGACGUCACGUGAAAACCACCCAUUCCGCCGGACCUUCACGUGUGUUCUUUCUCUCUGCUGUGUCACAACUACUACAUGGACAGCACACAGAUCUCACUCGCGCUAGUGGUACACGUUCACAAGGCGGCAACAUAACACAGCUUGGGCACUACGUCACCAGCUAGCUGUACAGGACAGCUUGGGCACUACGUCACCCACUAGCUGUACAGGACAGCUUGGGCACUACGUCACCCGCUAGUUGUACAGGACAGCUUGAGCACUACGUCACCCGCUGUUGCUGUCCGUCUUGCGCCGCGCCGCUAGCACGAACCAAGCGUUGGGGUUAGAGGAAAUGACCCGUCAAGUGGUGGACAUGACCUGUUGACCCCUGCGCCUGCGCACUGUGAGAAGGCAUGAGAUUGUGACAGAGGGACUAUGCACUGUCAGCAGUACCAACUGACCUAAACAAGCGCACCCGCUACAAAAGGAAAAAGGAAGAUAAUAUUCCAUGAAGCUGUGUCGUCACGUGACCUUUACCAGUUAUAUAAAGCAUCGCUCAGGAAGUUGAUCACUAAUCUCUAGAAAGACUCGCUUGGAUAACUAAGGAGAAGCCAGUCUUCAGGGUCUCACGUCGCAGCACAUCCUUGAAAGGAGGGAAUCACCAUGGAAAAGACCAAUGUCCAAAGGGAGUCAGGUGACACUGAUGCUGAGAGAGAGCAGGCUGCAACAAUAAUUCAGGCAUUUUACCGUGGCUACAGAGUAAGAAAGGAACUAAAAAAGAAAGAAAAAGAAGAACAACAAAAGGAAGAAAAAGAAGAACAGCAAAAGGAAGAAAAGGAACAACAAAAGGAAGAAGAAGAACAACAACAAAAGGAAGAAAAAGAACAACAAAAGGAAGAAAAAGAAGAACAACAAAAGGAAGAAGAAGAACAACAACAAAAGGAAGAAGACGCAGGCAGCAGCCCGACGAAGCCCUGGUUAUCGGGAACCAUGAGAAAGGUGAUUAAGGUCGCAGCUCCGGUGGCAGUAGGAGUGGGGGCUGUGGUAGCGACUCCGGUGGUGAUUGGAGCCCUUGGUUUUGGAACAGCUGGCAUUGCUGCUGGGUCUGUGGCUGCCAAAGGAAUGUCGCUAGCGGCUACAACCGGGUACGGCAUGUCGGUGAUUGCCGGUCUUCAGUCCAUCGGAGCUGCAGGGCUGACGACCUUCCAGGCCCUCACGGUGGGGGGCGCUGUGGCCACAGGUGUUCGUGUAGGCAUCAGCGGCAGCGACAGUAGUAGCACCACCAGCAGCAGCAGCGACAGCAGUAGCACCACCACCACCACCACCACCACCAGCAGCGACAGCAGUAGCACCACCACCACCGCCACCACCACCACCAGCAGCGACAGCAGUAGCACCACCACCACCAGCAGCAGCGACAGCAGUAGCACCACCACCACCACCAGCAGCAGCGACAGCAGUAGCACCAGCAGCGGCACCGAGGACAAGAAAAAGACCCCGUGAAGUCCAUAAGCCAUGAUGAGGGUGAUGGGUUGGUGGGUAGCUGAUGAUUACACGGAUAAUCACAAAACUUUCAUGCUGAGUUUGAUGUCUGUUCGAUAAUAUAUGAUGUAAAAUUUAGCGCAACUUUUAAAUUAUUUGUACAGGUUACUUCUUUUUGACAAUCAUAAUCGUUAUUAUCUGAUGCUCAUGAUUGUGUGUAUUCUGUCUCACCCUCGGACAUCAGGGGUGUGUGCUCCGGCUAAAGGGAAGGAAUCCAAUAAGAUGGACAAAAUCAAUCUGAAAGUAGCUGUCUCCCUUUAAUUUCUUGCACUUGCAUGGUGUACGCGAGGGGAAAAAAACUAAAAAUUAAAAAAAAAAAAAAAACAAAACAGAAAGAAAACACAAAAAACAAAAGCAACCCUUGGAUUCGACACCACAAGGACUGCUCUACAAUGAACUCUAGAAGACCUGUGAAAGGCGACAGAGAAACAAACACAAAGUGUAAUUUGUCACUAUGUGCAAGAAGGCACGAAAGGCACUAACUACUACUUUUCUAAAGCUCUGUACACACAAUUUUCCAGAUUUUUUGCAGCAUUUAGUAUACAAAUAACUGAUUUAAUGUAGUUUAUAACAGAUAUGAUAAACAAGGAAGCAUCUCUAGCCAAACAAGUUUAUGCACUAUACAUCACACAUAUAUAUAUAUAAGAUAAGAUAAGAUUACUUUAUUGUCCAGAAAGGAGAUUUGUCUUCCAGCAUGCAAGCAGUCAGAGUAAAAAUCAAAGACAUCAACAAUAACAUCAGCAGUGAGCACACACACACACACACCCACACACACACACGCCCGCAUCAAGGACAAUACAUCAGUGGACAAUACAUCAGUUCCAUGACUACAU